AUGCCACCUCGUACACGUCAGGCUUCAGCCAAGGCCAAGAAGAUCACAUUUACUGAUGACGGCGAGCUUCCAGAAGGAGCAUCUCCUGUUAUGGUGGACGAUAAGUCCUCUGACGAUGCAGAACAGUUAAAAGAACAAUCAGAAUCAGAAAGCGAUUCGGAUUCGGACGAUGCUCCUGAAGAAGAGUCCAUCUCAGCAUCCAAGGCUAAGUCGAUCAAGCAACAGAAGGAACAAGAAAAGAGGGAGCAGGAGUUGAGAAAACAGGAAAAGCAGAAGAGAAAAGAGCAGGAUCUCAUAUACCAACAGCAACAACAGGAAAAGAAGAAGAGGCUAGAGGAGAUUAUGGCUUCUUCUGAGUUGCCGGACUUACUUCCCGAGGAAUUGCUCGAGGAAUACAGCCAACCAACUGAAGACCUCCCCAAGGGUAAACACAUGAGAUCAGAGGACCUCGAAAAUGAAUACGCCGAGAUGAGGAAGAAAGCCAAGUUGGAAAAGUUGAAGCAGCUCAAGCAGCUGCGUACGCUGGCCAUCAAAAAGGGGCCAGUUCACGUCCAAGUGCAAACAUUCGGAGAGAAGAAGAAGAGCGUUCCUAGAGCCGACCCUAAAGUCGUCGAGAGCAAGAGCAGCUGGCUCAACAGAGACUCCUUAAGAAGAAAGUGA